AUGCUCUCCGACGGCCUCUUCCUCGCCGCUUGUGUCGUCCCGCCCGUCUGCCUCGUUGUUGUCAUCGCCUGGACGCUGGUCGUCCUGCGACGUUUCCGACGCACAGCCGCCAGCGCACCGUCUCCACCUCACUCGCUUGCUCAGUUUCGACCUUCUCAGCCAGUCUUUGUCCCUCCUCCUCCACCGCCAUUUUUACAUCCUCCUCCCUUUCCUUCGCCGAGCGAGCAGCCCAUUCCCCGUGACCAGCUCUUCUCCGUACUUCCUCCCGCCCAACCAACACCCGCCGAACCGCCAUUCUCGAUCCACACCACCCUCCCACGCAGCGGCACCCGCGUCCUAGCCCGCAACGCCUCAAGCAACCAAUCCCACACGCCCUCGUCGAACAGCCACUCAGGCUCUGAGGCGGCGUGGAAGAGGUUGAGUGGGGUGUCGAGAGAGCGGACGAGGAGGGACAAGCCGGAGAGGACGAGGAGGGAGAAGGGGAAGUUUGGAGUUGGCGAUGCGGAUGACGAGUGGGUUGCGGUGGUGCCGACUCCGACGGCGACGAGCGCGGGACACGAUGGAGGUAUCGAGACUCGCAGCAUCGUCGACGAGACGCUUCGACCGGCGGGAAGGAGCAGACGUCGGACGUCGACCUGGUCCGCUCAGGACUUUGAUCCGCUCGUCUCGCCGUCCUCAAAGCGCCACUCGGCUUCGGCGUCGCUCUCGGCGCCCAACACGAUCGCGAGACCAGGACCAAGGCCCCUCCCGCCUGGAGCGGGAUAUGGCGCGUCUGCUUGGUCGGCUGCGACGAGCGCCGUCGACUUGCCGACGUCGAGCGCUCUCACGACGCCUGACGAGGUCAUGGUCGGCGGCUCGCAGGAGAGCGGGAUGCCUUUGAUGCGCCAGACGAGCUCGAAGGAAGCGCAUUCGCCGAUGUCGCCCUCAACGCCAGCGCAUCCGGUUCCUGCUUCUGACACCUUGCAGUACGACCCGCAUCACACUCCAGACGUCACCGAGACGCUGCGCUUGUCCCGCAUCUACCCGGACCAUGAGCAAUCGCCUUCUCCCGACGACUACACGAUCUCUGCCCGCUCAUCCGCCUACUUCGGCACGACUGUCCUCCCCAUGCCGACUCGCACGCCCUCUCCUACAGCCAUCUUCCCGAAUACGCCUACUCGCCUGUCAAUGCGAGACUGUGACUCGUCCGCCUUCUCCAGCCCAGUCUCGCCUUCCGCUCCGCGCUACUUCCCGCACUCAGCUCCUCCCUCUCACGCGCACACCCGCGUCUCCCACAUCUCGACAGCGACGUCCGCAGCCCUCGCAGACCUCGAGACGUACGCCGCAUCCCUCUCUUCCAGCUUCGCCUUCCCUGCAAAACCCGCCGCUCAUUCAGCCUCGCCGUCUGAGCCGCCACUCACCGCCUUCCCUACCCGCACCUCAUCGCGUCGUCAAGGCUCGAUCCCGUGGUUCGCAGCGGACACGCCAGCCCAGGCGGUGGAGCAAGAUCCGGCGCGAGAUUCGGAAGAGCAUGAGGUGUUCCGCAGGGCCAGUAGACCGAUCAGCUGGUUGCCGAGACAAGGGAGUAGCGGGACUUUGCCGGAUGGAGUGCCGCAGUUGACGGAUCUGGCGGUCACCAAUCCCGACACAGUGUCUGCCAAAGCAUCCGUCGACCUCCCCUGA